AUGCAAGGUGAAUGCACGGAAGAGAUGAUCAGCUGGAUCUUCCCAUCUUCCGGAGGAUCCUCAUCAUCCACACCCCUGCGGCCGCUGGCGCUGUGGAAGCGGCAGCGGGUCCUCGCCAUCUCCCUCUGGAGCCUCUCCGAGGGCGAAGGCUUCGACUCCCGAGUCUGGCAUGCCCUUCGGCUCAUGACGGACACCUCUCAGCAGCGUGUGGCUGUUGAGGAUGCUUUCCGGGAAUUCAUCGACGCUCGGGGGCUCGACAAGGUGGAGGUUCCAAUGUGGGCCCUGAUUCAGCUUGGCCGGCGCCCGGACAGGCCGCCAGCUCCUGGUGCCGCCACGGACAUCGCAGCAAAGCUCCACGAGGAGGCCUGUUUGCACAUGGAGGCGGUGCUUGCAGCGGAGGAUCCGAGUGCGGUACCCAUAGAUGCCCUGGCCGCAAUCCACAAGUGCUUACACAAGCCUACGCGGGAGGCUUUUCAGGAAAUCCUGCAAAGCCGCCUGCGUGAUCGAAUCAAGCUGCAGAAGCGCAGUGGCCGAGCAGCAACCCGCGUGCUUCUCUGGGAAUUGCGCCGAGCCUUUUGCGAGAGGCGCACCCCAGACUUGGCCCUGGCGGCCCAUUUGCUGGAGAGUGGCGCCCGGACGCGGCCGCGGGAGGAGGAAGACAUGAACAGCGACGACGACGAGGACCCUGCUGGACACCCUGGCGGCUCUCGAUAUGCCACGGAGUACGACGACGCGCCGAGAAACAGCCUCGACCUCCUGGCUCUCAACAGGUUUGCAGAGCCACAGAAGCUGGAGCUCGCCAUCAAGAAGGCUGUGGAGUUCAAGGCAGACCCGAAGCAGAACUCGUCCUACGAGCGGCCAUUGACGCUGGCUGUCCGCUGCCGCAAUGUGGCCGCUGUGCACGCGCUCCUGAAUGCGGGGGCGCCGGUAGAUCGGCAGGCGCUGGCAGCGUUGCAGACGGUCUCGGACCGGCGGUGCCGCCAAGAUAUGGAGGACCGUUUCCUGUCGGCGGUGACCAGCGGCGGUUCGAACCUCUGCCUGAAGGAUGUUGCCUUUUGGGUCUUGGUCCAGAGUGGCAACAUCAAGGCCGUCCGGAAGCGGCUCAAGUCAGAGUCCUCGGACAACGCGGUGGAUGCGCAUGUCAUGAUGGGCCUGCGCCGAUGCCGCAAGAAAUCUUGCACGCAGGAGCUGCACGAGCUCCUGGUGGAGCAGUGGGGCGGGCCGUCGGUGAGCGCUUGCGAAGUGCAGGCCGCCACCGCCGAGUUAAUGCUGGAGCUACGCGAGGCCCUCAUCGACCAGCGCGGUCCGGAUGAGGAGACAGUCUCGGAGCUCGUCGCCCUUGGCGCCAAUGUCCAUGUCAGGGGCGUAGACUUAGACAUCGAUUUGGAGGACGAGGAGGAAACAGACGAUGCGAUGGAUCAUGACAGCGACAACGAUUCUGACGGAUCAUGA